GUUGGCUUCUCUCAUUGACUUUCCUCAAUAUGAUCACAUAUUCCCAUCCCUCUCCGGAUUCCAAUUCCAAACUACACACUAUCAAUUUCUCCUCUAUUCCUUUGAUUUUCGUGACAUUUGGUUGGUCCAUUUUCCUAUCUGAAUCUGCAAAAAUCGGAUUUAGUUGAGAUCCCAAUUUGACUACUAUUCCAGUCUUCAAGCUAACCCAACUAAUUUAGAUUGAAUCAAACACUAUUUUCAGACUCAACCUUGUAUAAAUAAAGCACGGUCUUUCCCUUCAAUUUUCAGACCACAAAACUAACAUAUCUCUCUCCAAUUAUUCAAAUCAUUCAACUCCAAUAUUGUCAUUAAUUCAAAUCAAAAUGGCUGCCUCUUUCAACUGUGGCACAUAUGUAACAAUACUGAUCAUUGCUUUAUCAACAUUUUCGAGCAUCCAUGUUAGCGAGGCAGCUCGGCAUUUAUUGCAAACUACGCCGGCCUUACCAACACUUCCUACCACCCUACCCAAUUUUCCGGCUGGCGGCGGCGCAGCCACAAUGCCACCAGCAUUGCCAACACUACCAACAACUCUUCCGACUCUUCCAAAUCCGACAUCAUUGCCACCAAAUCAGGUCCCCACGAUCCCCGGAAUUCCUAAGGUGAACAUGCCUCCCAUGCCAGCUGCAACUUCAUUUCCGAACAUUCCAAACAUCCCAACAUCAAUUCCUUCAAUUCCCAACUUCCCAACUUCAUUUCCAUCAAUCCCUGGAAUUCCAACAUUGGCAGCGCCACCAUCGAAUUAAUUGAUCCAUAUGAUCAAGGCAUGCAUGAAAUCUUCACAGUUCGUCUUAUUUCUCCGUUAUUACUUUCAGAUUGGGUUUUGUGGUAACGCUUUUUGGGCGUUUGUUGUCCCUGUGAUGUUGUAUUCCUCCCACAGAUUGUAUUGUUAAUUUAUGAGUACUAUUACUUGUUUUGUAAGGAUUACCUUUUGGGUUUUUAUGUUUCAUCGUGUUUAAAUGGUUUUGCAUCUUUCCGAAUUUAUUAAGGAAUUGCGGGUUAUUUUAAAUAAUUUAUCGCGCAAGAUCUUAAAUUUGUGCCAGGGUUUUUUUUGAAAAUUAAUUGGUACAUCACUUCGUAGUUAGCACCAUCUUCCUCAACUUAAUUAGAUCAUUUUGUAACCCAAAAUCUGAUAGGGGAUAUCAAUUCGGUGCAUUAGAGAUGGUUAGAAAAAGAAUAGACAUAGAUGCACCUUUUACAUUAAUCUGAA